UAAAAUAAUCAGAUGUAUAAAUUAACAUGUGAUUUACCUGGUUAAAUUCCAGUUUCUUUACAAAUAUUCAAAAAAUGUAUCUUCAGGCUUUUAUUACGCACAAAAUUUUGAGUUUAAUUUGGAAUCCAUCUUCAUCAGACGUAUUUUAGACGAUGUAAUUGAGACCGUUAUGUCCAACAAUGAGUCCGUUCAAGAUUCAGGAAUCAAAGAGAUAAGAGGCAAAAACCAUUUGGGUUUGGACGUCGUCAGAAAGAAGGUCCUCAAAAAGAACACAUACACAACUGUAAAAUGUAAAGAUACUCGGCCCAUCUCUCGCGAUUCGUAUUCUCGUCUUUCCAAAGCAUUGAGGGUCUUCUAUAAUACGUUGUCAGGAGAUUGUUAUGAUCCGCUUUUUCAUCCGAAGCAAGUGGUUCCCUGUAGUAAGACAGACAAGGAUUCCGAAUUGCUGAAUUUUGACACUGGAAAAGGGGGUUGCGUUUCAGAAAAGUGUUACUUACUGUAUAACUGCAGUAAAGGUUCGCUUCCUCAUAAUGAAAACGUGAAUUAUAAUCUUUCCGUCGAAUCGCAAAAGUCAAACGAUUUCAAAAGCAUCAAGAGAACGUUAGAGAAGCGGGCGAAAAAUCUUUCUCUCUUGAACAAAGAAUUGAAAAGUCGGUUGCACGGUGGUUUUUUGUCAUUGGAUCACGUCGUUAGGAGUCAUACGGAUAUCAUGGACAGACGUUAUCCGCCUAAGCCGAAGGUAGCCGAAAAGAAAACCAGGAAACCAAAACGGUUAGUGAGAGACGUGACAAACCUUCACGAAGUUCAUUUGCGGUCACAAGGGCCGUCGUUGACCGACAUUCCUUCGGGCUAUGUCGCAAGGCAAAACAGGACCACCAAAGUCAACAUCGUGAAACCGGUGAACGUGGGGAACCGAGAUUCUGACACCGCAGUCUUGGAUUAUCUGACGUCUGUCGAGCAACAAUCCCCUCAGGAGAGACCCGGCGACCCCCGCAGCCGGAAUUGCAGGAAGAGCAGACAGGACGAAGCCAGUUCGUCAGAGUCGAGCGAUGAAUCUGUCGACGGAAGACGCACGAAAAGGUUCAUGAAGUCGGCCAACUGCAAAACGUUCCUCGGUGAUCGGAGCUCCGGUCGGUUGAAGGUAAAAUCCGCCACGCAACACGCAAGACAGCACAACUCGGAACAACCAGCCUGCGAUACACGAAAACGUUGGAAGGACGAAGACAUCGAGGCUGAAGAUCCGAGUGAAACACCCAGAGCCUGCUUAGGCAAACGAGACUACAUCGGCUCACCUAUUUCGAGCAACUUCGCCGGAAGGCAGCCAGCUUUCGGCGAGCGUAGAGGAAGGACGUCCCCCCAGUACAGUCCUACCUCUAGGAAAACGAACGUUUACAGCCCGAACAAUGGUUUCGUACGGCAACAGAAAGAACCCGAUCGGCGGUACAUCACCCGUUUAUACAAUAGAAACCAAGAAAACGGUUCGUCGGCUAGGACAAAAAGCGUGGAACGUAAGCUCGUCUGCAAGAUGGUAAACGUCAAACCACCCGACGAAAGUGUCGAUAAAUGGAGCCAGACGUCUACCGAAUCCGACCCGGACUCGGACGAGAGUAAUUCGCUGAGGUUUGACGCGGUCGAAAGCAUUACUCGCAAAGCUAUCUCGAGAAAACCGAUGUCAGGUGUUAAAUGCGGCGACAAAUCCAAGACCCGACUACAAGACAAAAGCAGGGUAAAAGUCGAAUCCCGGUUCUCAGGUGUGCAGGCAAAAACGAGGAAACGAUGUGAUAUCAAGAGCGACAAGUCAAAAACCAGCAGCAAGUGCACCGACAAACUUCUCAAGCGGUCUACUUUUCUGCCCAGUUACAAAGAAAAAAUCAACGAAACCAGAACAAAUGAUGGUAACGAAAUGGGCAAAUCAGACGAUGAACACUCAGCGGUAAACGAAUCGCGGGAAGAAUGUCGUGUCUCACCUCGUUUCGAAAGCUUUAGGACUUCGGGUUCUUCCUUCGGAGCUGUUAAAAAGAACAAGCAAACGCAUCAUGAUUAUGUUAAACACCAAAAAAUAAAAACAACUGGCACUUCUUCGAAGGCAACAAGCCUUACGUCCCCCUCGAUUUCCUCGUACGCGAAACGCUUCAAUCCAAGACCGUCGUUCAAUUCGCAGCAAUACCCGAACGAGAAAGUAAUCCAGAAAGAAUCCAAAUUCAAAAUCACGCCCAGCUAUUUAGUAUCGCUCGUGCGUAAAAGCAGUUCGACACGAAACGGUACGUACGUCGCGGAAAGCGAGUCGACCGUUUCAUUAUUAGAAGAUACCCGCGCUAAACCAUUGUUGAAAAACAAUUUCUAUGAAGAGGAUAGUCGAGAUUUGACCUAUAGUAAAAAGCUGGCGAUGAUGAACGAUAAAAUGUCGUCAUCUUGCGUGUGCAACUUGAACAAGCACAUUUUCGGUACGGAACAAAAGGCCGACAACUGUUAUUUUGGUUGUGGUGAAAAUUACGAGAAGUACAACAGCCGGACGUCAUCUCCCUUGAUAUCAUGUCUCAAAAACCGAAGAAGCAUGAACGACGAUGGUUAUUUUUUGAAGUGUAACUCCUUUUACAAAGACGAAAAGCCAGUAAAAUGUUGCUGCAACGACCAUUUGCUGCCUAAUUUCGAUAAUACGAACAAGCGAAACGAUAGCAAAGCGAUUUCGGAAAAGUUCGACGUUGGAGGAAAGAAUAAUUUUCAACUUGAAAUGGACGAAAUAAAUAAAAAACUCGAAAUGACAUUGAGCAGCCACUUUUUCAAACCGGAAAACUACAAUUCGGAUAUAUUAAAAAUUUUAGACAUAUCCCAAGGGAAUAACAACACAGACAUGACGAGAUCCAAGUUGAAGAACUUCAGAGCAGAUAUACCAGUAUUGUCUGCUUUGACGACCGUCCAGGAAGACGCGCCUUUCGUAGAUUUCCAGCGUGAAGAGAACCACGAAGUGGAAGAGGUAUCGACCAUAAACGAAGAAACUCACAGCCCGAACGUGAAAUCCGCCGAAGAAAAAGAAGAAAUAAAAGAAGAAGUAAAAGAAGAAGGAAAAAAAGAGGAAGAUAAAGACCCACCCGAGGAAAACAAAGCUAAAGAAGUCGAAAUUAAACAUACAGACAUUACAGAAAAUGAAGGUCCUUCUGUAAGAGGUAUGGAAUGGAGAUCGUCGGAGAAAGACAGAAUAACGUCGUCAGAGGGAAAACCAGUGCUGCUUUACAACAAAGCAGGCUUCCCGUUAACAGACACAAAAGGUAGAUGUUUAAAGAACAAUUUAGGAGUGAAGAUGUUACCGGCAAGCGAUUUAAACGACGUCAUCGCGAAGAAACUUCAAGUUUACGACGCUUUCAACUAUCCACCUACGACGAUCUCUUUUGAUCCAACGAAACACCCUUGUCCGACACAAAUGCACGACAUCAGGAUUUUCGACAAGGAGUACAACCCAAGAAUAUUGUACAACUCCCUCGGCUAUCCGUUGUCGGACCGGGACGGUUUUCUGUUGAGGGACAAUCUUGGAAAUUAUCUGGUCGUUCUUGACAACGAAGGCAUACCGAUGUGCUGUUCCAACGGCGAGCCCAUUUACAUGGAAGACGGAAAACUCUGGAUCACCGAGAAGGAUUCUUAUGACGUUUUACGCCGGGGUAAUGAAGAUAGUACGUCCAAGCACAAAGACAAAUCGAGGAGCGUGUCGAUCAACAGUGAAGUCAGAAAAGUUAUUUACGACGCUAAAAGGAAAUCGUCCAAACUGGGUCCAGAGGUGUCUGAAAAGAUCAACCUCGAAAAGUCCACAGCAAAUUACUACAAGACUCACACGAGAUCGAAUUGGUCAAAAAUGAAAUCCAAGUCGAAAAUCAUCGACGAUAGAAAAAAACGAGAUAAACGGAUCGUUUCAAGAUGCAAAAGCGUCUGCAGGUUCAGGAAGAAGUCAGGCAGUGAAAUUUCCUCCGACGACAACCAAAGUUCCAGUUUAAAUUCGAAAAUAGGAAAAAUAAAGAAAAACAAAAGUAUCAAUUUUCAAAAAUAUCUGACUUUGAAGAAAAACUUUAUGAAUAUAACAUCGGCCAUUAAUAAAUAUGAUUCCGUCGAUGAACGGAGUAUCAGUUCUAAUGAAGAUAUUCGUAUUUUGGAAGAAGAAGCUAAAAAAACGGCUAGAUCGAAUUCUCUGGAGUCUUUAAGCCACCACCUCGACCCGACCACUUGGAGGCGGCCCGAAGAGAAUUCCGACACGGAUUAUACCGAUUCAAAAAUUACCAAAACCAAAUCGAGCAACAGCUUGACAGAAAACCUCUCCAACGAAACGAUAAAGAAAAAACAUAUCACUUCGAACAUAAAAUCAAGGAUUAACCAUUUGCUAGAUGGCGAGACCAAAAGAUCCACAGACGACAGCGAAAUAAUUACAAAAAAUGAAGACAAAUUCAAAACAAGCGAACAUAACACAUCCAGCACAACCGAGAGUUCAAAUCGUACGGUGACCGGGGAAGAAAUCAAUUUCAACAUUUCAUAUGUAAACAGAUUAAGGAAAGCGAGAGAGGAGCUAAACGAGGCUUUCGACCGUUUGGUGAACCGGAAAGCGAUUUUCGACAAAGGCGCGACGACGGAGAGCUCUGCGCUGUCGGCCCCUGGAGGAUCGAAGGAAAAUGUGGAGAAGAAAGAAUGAUAUCGUUUAAUGAUAAAGGUAUUAGAGACGGUUUUGACUGGGAUCGAAUAGGACGCGUUGAAACAAGAAAAUAUUUUUAAAAAUUGAUUCAAUAAAUACA